CGCAGGUCGCGGCACAUGUACGGCCAACUCUGCUCGGUGCGGCCGCCGACCGCCGCUGUACGGCCAUCCUCUGUCUCUCUAGAGUCUAGAUUCCAGCCGUGUGCAUCCGUCCCAGCCUACUGCUGAAAGCAGGAGCCGAAGAGCGUAAUCGGCUAAUCGCGGCCGCUCGCCCACCAGUUCCUGAUUACUGUUUCCUUCUUCUGAAUCUGAAGAUAGAUCCGUCUUCAUCUUGCCUUCGAUUGCACGGUUUCGGGGGGAACAGGCGACGGUGAUCCGGGAGUAUGGCCGAGGCAGCGAACGGGAAGGAGGACGCCAAGAGGACAGGACUGGAAGGCACUGGCCUACCGCUGCAAGGCGGCUCCCACGGCAACCUUCGCAGCGCUGGCAGCGACCAGCAGCUGAGGCAGAUGCUCGAUUCGCUCAAAUCCUCAAAGUCCCCUGCUGUGAUCAACUAUGGUGCCUCAUGGUGCCGUGUUUGCAGCCAGAUUCUUCCAUCCUUCUGCAAGUUCAGUGAUAAGUUCAAGAAUCUUACUUUCGUCUAUGCGGACAUUGACGAGUGCCCUGAAACAACGCAAAACAUACGCUACACCCCAACCUUCCAUUUCUACAGAGACGGGGAAAGGGUUGAUGAGAUGCUUGGCACAGGAGAAGAGAGACUACAUGAUCGGCUAUGGUUGCAUUCUUGAUUGAUAGGCUUCCACUUCCGUUGUUUCAUGAACCAUUUAUGCUGAAUGUUUGUCCCGAAAUUUCUACGUAUGUACCAGCACAGUUCUAAUGUCCUUUCGGAGAACUUUGUCUACAUUUAUUAGUCAUGGAUAAUUUAUUACUGUCUGAGUGCCUA